AUGGAAAAUACAUUACUAUGCAUAGAAUCUGAAUACAUCAAGAAUCUUCAGCAGCAAAUUUAUUUCCUUGAAUUGGAAGCUAAAUUUCUUCGUGAGCAGACUAAAAAAGCAAUUCAUACUCAGCCUUUCCUUGCAUGUGAAAUGGAACAUAUGCUACAAAACCUACAGACAUUACAGUGUAAGGCUGAUAGCCUUGAUCUGGAGCUGAGGCGAAAGAAAGAUGGUUUAAACAUGCUGAUGAUGGAAAGAAAUCAACUUAAUAACCAAAUCAGUAUGGCUAAUGAGCAGCAUUUAAAAGAGAAACAGGGUUUGAUAGAGGAAAUCAGACAAUGGAAGAAAAAGAAAGCAGAGAAAGAUGAGCAAAUCUCUGGAAAACAAAUUGAGAUCACAUAUGCUAAGCAAGAACUGGAAGAACAACAAAUGAAUCUGAAAAACAAAGAACAAACUAUCCUUAUGCUAAAAACAAAGGUGACGCAACAGUUGGACCGUCAAAAGGCAAUGGAGUUGCAGCUUUCUGAAAAGAAAAAGGAAUUCUUGGAAAUGCAGUCUGCUAUUCAUGAAAUGGAAGAAAAAAUCCUUAAGAAAACAGCCGCAAUGCAUGAGCAAAUUACUCAUGAAUUACGGAAUGAGAUAUCUUUUCUGCACCAUCAAAUUCGUGAACGAGAGCUACUGGCAGAACAGGACCGUCUCUUACGAAGUAAAAUAGCGGAUGAUUAUGCAGUUUUGACCAAGGAAAAUAAUCUUUUGCAAUCCAGGUUUUUGGAACUUGUCAAACAAAUGAACAUUGAAAGAGUUCUCAAGGAAGAGAUGUAUACAACCCAUUCAAUGAGCAUUGCUCAAUUUCUGACAGUGAAAGAUCAGGAAGAGCAACUGCAACGUGAGAUUAAGACACACCAAGACCUUCUGAAGCAAGAAAUGAGCACAUUCCAGGAACUUGAAGAUAAGAUUAGCCUGUUAGAAAAAAGAAGCACAACUGUUGAUUUAAAUAUUGCAACACUGAGUAGCCGAAUAGCUGAAGUUAGAGCUAUGCUAGAAAAAGAAGAAGACGACAACAUUGAACUAAAAAGAGAGAAUUCUCUGCUAAUUGAUUUUGCAUCUAAUCUAAAAAAACAGCUUGCUGGAAAAGAAAACAGUCUACUGGAAGCAUCAAAUAAGAUGCUGGGCCUGGAUGAAGCAAUUUCAGCAUUAAAAAUGAAGCAUACAUUACAUCAAUCUCUUCAAUCAGAAAAAUGGGACAAAGUCUCCAAAAUGGCAAAUACCAUGAUGAAACUCAGCAAUUCAAUGGUGAAUAUUAUUGACAGAAUAGGAAAAGAAUAAUUGAGAUGUGUUAAUUUGAUUUCAUAUGAGUAAUGUUAAAUUAUGUAUGAUUUCAUAGACCCUUCUUGAAUCAUGUCAAUUUAAUCAUGUGAAUUAUUCUUUCAAUCAUGACUGUACAUAGAAGGAAGAAGGAAGGCAGUAGUAUAUGGGAAUGACUUUGGGAGAUAGGAGGAAGACCCACAGAUAGAUGAGUCUUGAUAUAGUCAAAUAAGCAAUAGUCAGAUAAGAAGCAGCUGGGCCCUCAGAAGAAA